CGAUGAUGUUCAUAUCGGUCUGUUCGUACUCCCCAUCUCAAUCUCAUACCACACCAAACCGCACACAUAGAUAAUUGUCCAGCUACAGACACAUCUCUACAUAUCUCCUCACGACGAUGAACCCAGCCACUCCCGAAAACCCAGCGGGCGCGACGACGAUCUCCCCCUCCUACUCCCCACUCCACCCGCCGUCGGUCCAGCACAACAGCCUCAUCCUGACAAACCUCUGCACCCUCACCUCGGUCUUUUCCGGUACACUCGCCGGCAUCCUCGGCUUACUCAACUUUAGCGGGUUCUUCCUGUACUUCUUUGCGGCGUUCUUCAACGCUGCGGUGAUCGCCGUCUUGAAGUGCAGGAACGAAAAGACGGGAAAGAUCGAUCUGGAGAGGUUCUUGCCGAGUCUACACGAUGUCAAUUCGUCGACAUCAUCAUCGUCAUCAUCAGCAUCGACAAAAGGAUGGGAUAUAAAGUUGACGGGAAGGGCUUUGUGGAGCUUGAUGGCGGUCGGCCAGGAGAACCUCUUGACCUUCUUGCUCUUCUGGAUCGGGUUCUACGCCAUCAUACAUGUGUACGAUUGAUCGUCCUUCGUCAAGCAUCAAGCAGCAAGCUCUCGUCCCAAAUAUACAAGAUCGUCAUAUCGCCUUCGACACGAACCCAUGUAGAACCAUAUACCAAACCGACGACCAUGAUCAACUAUCCGGGGACCGAUGAACUAUCAAAAUUAUUAGAUGUCAGAGUGAUACAGAAGCGCAGAAGCUCAUAUUCCAAGGGUUAAGGGGUAAUGGGGAGAGGGUAGGAUCAAGUUGAGAUCGAACGAU